AGACUGACCAACUGACUGACUGACUGACUCCAUCUCGAGGCUCACCGCUACCCUUGGCUCCUUCAAUCGUCUCCUCCUUUCCUCCGCGGCCAAUUUUUUCCUCCCCCCGCGCGUACCAAUUCUGAACAAUCAUCGCCGCUAGCACUGACAUUCACAGCUCACUAACCUCGAAUUACUGGUGAUGAUCUAAAAAUUUUCGCCCCUGCCUAUGGUCGCCUAGUUCAGGUUUCCUCUUCUGCUGUAACAAUCUCCGAGCAUCCACAUCCCUGUCGCUGCCUCCCUCGUCUCGAUUUGUGAAUCUUUGCACCCUCAUUUUGUUGUACUCACUUCCCGUUCCUUGGCUUGAGAAGUUUCGUCUUGAGAAUUCUCUAAUACCUUCAGUCUCGAUCGAUCUCUGCACUUGUGAGUACUACAGCGCGAGGUGCAUUUACCGUGCAGGAUAGGAACUCUUUCUUCUGCAUGACAAUGAAUUGAAUCUUCUGAGGUUCAAUUCUGAGAGGAAUCGGUCGUUCCCCUUUCAUCUAGUGUGUUUUGGCUCUAGUUCUGGUUUUGUUAGUAAGUCGCUGUAGUAAUUUAGCCGCGUUUCGGUUCUGGUGGUAACCUACUGUUUAUCUGAGUCUUUCGUUGAGUUCAAGACGCAUCUUCUAUUCUUUACUAGUUACACCAGUGGCUUCAGCUGUCGAUUGUUUUCUUCCACAAAAUACGUAUAUUAUGUUGAUAUAUCCUUAGUUCUUGGCACAAGGUGACUGACAGGGUUUCGAUGGCACCUUAGAGGUCCAAGGCGUUCUGUGCUAAAAUUUAGAAAGUGAAGAGUCUGUAAAUGACGAAGAGGAUUGUGUCGAUUCUUUCAGUAUACGUGAUCACAUUCUUGAGCAUUCUUCACAGAGAUAUUUAUUACUGCCUACGUGCUUGCGUGCUGGAGGUGUGAACGGGUUAAAUGGAGAUUAUUCGAUGAUUCAAAUGAAUUUCAGAGUGGGUACAGCUAUCUAGAUCCCCCCCAAACACCGGUUUUAGCAGUCCCAUUUGUAGCAGAUGUUGUGGCUUGCAGUGCACUCAGUCCCAAGCGAGUGCAUGCUACGAGGAAAUAGUGUAAACUGAUGGCGUCAAACGCGAGGAACUUCAAGGGUGUCCUUCGAUGUCGGGUCUGGCUAUUGUAAUCCUUGGCUGCUGUUUCGUAUGGGUUUUUCAUAGGGUAGAGUUACUGUUUAAGUGCAUGACUUUGUCGGGAUUUCAGGACGUCAGUAAAUUGUAGUAUUUUAUUUGGUCCUUAUUGAGGGUCACAACAAAUAGCUUUGGAGUUGACUGAGAAAACCGAUUAUUUUUCCUAUAUUGCAUGUUAUUUCAUUUGUUUUGCUCUUACUGGUAUGUCAAAGCAACAAAUUAAUGAAGUGACUCUCUCUCGCUCUCCCUCUUUACGGUCUCUAUGAAUGCAAAGUUUUAAGAAUCGAAUGGAGUUACUGAGCAAACUGCAACCGUGAUCAAUUGAUGUGCUAGUCUCACGUCAUGGCCGAGAUUUUCGAUUGCUUUCGGAAAAAGUGUCAGAAAUUAUUUAUGGACGGUUUUUUACCUGAAUGUAGACGAGGUAGCAGGUGCUGACAUAAUCUCUUGAGAGUGGUGGCGACUAGUUCAUUAUCGCGCCAGAUGGAGGUGAUGGUUCGGUGCAACGUUUGGCUGGUUCAAGGAAACUGCAGAGUUUGAAAGUUUUUAAGAUUAGUUUACUUCAUUCGACAUUUUCUGGGACUCGGAGAGAAAGAAGGAGAUCAUGGCGGAGCCCAAGGCAAACGUGGUUUCAUUGCAUCCAAUUGCACCUGAAGCAAAAGUUGUUUUCAGCUUGUUCGACGAAAAGGUUCCUGCCAAGACCAAUUGCUUGCAUCAACCUCUCCUUCAAUGUUCGCCAACUCACCAUGCUGUUUCAUACCACCAACUGGGUCUCCAGACGGCGGGUGGCCCCGGUCAUUACACUGAGAGGGUUGUCGUCCUCGAAGCGGAACUACAUCGCGCGAGUGAGGAAAUGGCGAACUUGAAGAAACAACUAGCUAUCUCUGAACGUGGCAAGGCUCAGGCUUUGUCAGAGUUCACCAACAUCAAGAAUCUUCUGGAUCAAAUAUCUCUUGUUGAACAUUUCGCAGCUUCUGACACCGUGGAGGUGGAGACCAUACCAUUUCCAUUGAGGUGGAGGGAUGUUUCUAAUGGGCAACUUGACACAGCAAUGCACAAGGAGGUCGACAGGCUUCAUAAUGAGCAUGAAGCUGCACAGAGUCUCAAUUCAACGUUGGCAGCAGAACUUGACGUUGAAAAGCAGGAGGUUGAUAGAGUUCGCAGUGAAACGGCUUCUUUGGAGCUUGAGGAGUGUCAAACGGAAAGAAGUAGGCUACAGUCUAUGCUCACAGCAGCGGGGCAUCAGCAUACAAGCUUGGUAUCAGAGCUUGAGAAUGCAAAAAAGGACAUUCGAGCUUUGCAAGCAACCUUGAGCGAUACUUGGACCCACUAUGAGGCCUGCAAUUCAGAGUUGGGCAGAGCGAAAGAAGAAGUCACUUGGCUUGAAGCUGAUUUACAAGCUGCACAAAAUUUGGUUGUAGAGCUUGAUCAUGCAAAGGUUAAUAUUAAUGUACUACAGGAAGACCUAGGAGUUGCUCAAAGUUCACAGAAGUCCUUAUCCAUGGAGCUCUUGGCAGCGGAAGAAAAGAUUUCUAAAUUGCAGAGUCUACAUGAAUCGUCUUCUUUCGAACUUGCUACUGCAUUAAAGAGUAAUGAUGCAUUGCUGGCAGACUUAGAGGACUUGCAGGGUUUACAUGAAGUUUCUUCCUUAGAGCUCCAGAUUGCAAAAAAAGAGAUUCUCGAACUUCAUGCGAAUUAUGAAACUUCAAUUUCAGAAUGCGUGAAUGCCAAAGAAGAAGUUCGUAGACUGCAGGGUGAAUUGACUUCCGCGUUGGCUAAUUGUAAAGAUUCGGUUUCCGAGCUAAGAAGUACGAAAGAAGAGACGGAUAAGCUGCAAAAAACAUUGCAAUUUGAAACGGGACAGUAUGAUAUCACUCGCACAGAGCUUUCAGUAGCUCAAGUAGAGGUGGAGAAGUUACGAGCUGAAUUAAAAGCCUCACGUGAGAAGUAUGUAACCUGCUCCACGGCAUUAUUCAAUACAACGAAAGAUUUUAGAACGCUCGAAGCUGAACACCUAGCCAGUCGUGAUAGCCUUGCCGCUGAAAUCAGAAUUGCCAAGGAGGAGAAUUUGAAAUUGCAAAAUGAAUUAGUAGCAUUUGAGAAGGAGAAGAACAGAUCAACAGAGGAGCUUUUCAAGGCGAGGGAAGAGGUCAAAUAUGUGCAGAAAGAGUUAGAGACGGCAUGUAAUGAAUUAUUCAGUGGGGGAAUGGACAUCACUAAAUUGCAUGGUGAGUAGAGUGCAUUUGAACGACGACAUGAAGAGUGUUUUAA